AUGCCCGGCGCGUCGCAGGUCCUCCCGUGCGCGGGAGCGCUCGCCGCCUUCCUCGCGACGCUGCUCCUCGCCUCCGCCGCCGCCUUCUGGCUCGGCGCGCAGCCCGCGGCGGAAGCGCUCCUCCGCUCGCUCCUCGCGCCCUCCCCCCUCUCCGCGCCGACCAACGCCGACGGCAGCGCACCUUCCGCGCGGAUCAGCACAGAAGACGAGCCUGGCAAUGGCGAGUCUGUUGCUGGCGGAGCCAUGCGUGGGACUGAAUCUGCACCCGCAUCCGCGUUUGGGAGUGCCUCGUUUCUGCUAGAGGAGAACGCGUCCGUGCCUCGGAUCCUGGAGUUUGAUCUGGUGAAGACGUAUCCGCACGACAGGAGGGCAUUCACCCAGGGUCUGUUGUACGUGGACCAUGAAGCGAGUGGGGGGAGGGGGAGUGGCGAGGGGGUGUUCUAUGAGAGCACGGGGGAGUAUGGACGGUCGACAGUGAGGGAGGUGGAUGUGGCCACUGGUGAGGUUCUCAACAGUGUGCCUCAGAAUGCUGACGUUUUUGGCGAGGGCCUCGCACUGCAUAACAACAGGCUGUACCAGCUGGCAUGGCGGGUGCGGUCAGGCCUGGUGUACGACAGAGAGACCCUGCAGCCUCAGGGCAGCUUCCAGCAUGGCAUGGCGGACGGGUGGGGCCUGGCAGUGCUAAACGAGUCAGUCAUGGUCGGCACCGACGGCUCCUCCACUCUCUUCCACCUCCAUUCAUCAUCCUUCAAAGCCGUGGCACGCGUGACAGUAAAGGACGGCAAGAGGAGCAUACCGAAUUUAAACGAGCUGGAGGUGGUGGGGGGGCUGGUGUGGGCCAACGUGUGGCUCUCCAACUGCAUAGCUGCCAUCCACCCCGACUCUGGUCGAGUGCUCGCAUGGCUGGACCUCUCCUCCCUGCAGCGGCAAGCCGCUGCAAGAUCAAAGGAGCUCAAUGCACGUGUAAGUGGGAGUGGUAGCAUUCUCUGA